UCUCUCUUUGAGCUGACCCUUUUUUAAUUCUUCUCCUUCUUCUUCUCCUUUUUUAAUAUUCGGUUUUGUAUUUGCCAAUCAUGCUAAAGCUAAACCACCACCCCACCAACUACUUAGAUUUUUGGUCCCUCUUGCUCUUUCCUUCUCACUCCUUUCUCAUGCCUUUCUCUCGAGAUUCUUCCUUUUUCUUCACUCUCCACUCACUGCAUUGUACUAUUACUAUACCUUUUCCUCCUCACGAUUUGUAGAUUCCUCGUUGUUUUCUCACUGGGGUUCUCUGUGGGUUUCUGGGUUUGUUCUUCACGCGUGUAUGCUUCAUCAUUAAAUUUCACUGGAUUUCAACCACGAGGUGCUAUUGGGGAAGGCAUGCAGGCAAUCUGUUUAAUAUUAUUCCUGCAUGGAGUAAUUGUGUUAGGGAAUUUAGAUAUUGAUGCGCUGCUUGAACUCAAGAAGAGCAUUAAGAAUGACCCUUCUGGACUAGUUAAUUCUUGGGAUUCCAGGUCUUUGGCUUCUGAUGGAUGCCCUCAGAAUUGGUAUGGGAUAUCUUGUGCUGAAGGCAAUGUCAUCUCCAUAUCUCUGGAUAAUGCUGGUUUGGUUGGAGAGUUUAAUUUCCUUGCCAUUAAUGGCCUUAAAAUGCUUCGAAACUUGUCAGUUUCGAACAAUCAGUUCACAGGGAGCAUCUUACAUUUUGGUCCAAUGGAGUCAUUGGAAUUUCUUGAUCUUUCAGUCAACAAGUUUCAUGGGAUGGCACCCUCUGACUUGCUUGAGUUACGUAAUUUAGUGUAUUUAAAUCUUUCAACAAAUCAAUUUGAUGGUACAGUUCCCAUUGGCUUUGACAAACUCAAGCGGCUGAAGUAUUUAGACAUGUGCUCUAAUAACUUUUCUGGGGAUGUUAUGCAUAUCUUUUCUCAUAUGGGUGCUGUGGUUCAUGUUGACCUAAGCUCCAACAGGUUUUCUGGUUCACUGGAUUUGGGACUUGGAAACAGCUCUUUUCUCUCCUCAAUUCAGUAUUUAAAUGUUAGUCACAAUUCCUUGACUGGUGAUCUGUUCGCUCAUGAUGGGAUGCCAUACCUUGACAGUUUAGAGAUCUUUGAUGCUAGUAAUAAUCAAUUAGUGGGUAAUAUACCUUCCUUCACAUUUGUGGUAUCUCUGAGGAUUCUUCGGCUUGGAUGCAACCAGUUAUCUGGUUCUCUUCCAGAAGGUCUAUUGAAGGAGAGUUCAAUGAUGUUGUCUGAACUGGAUCUUAGUCAAAACAAGCUUGAAGGUCCUGUUGGAAGCAUUACCUCUGUAACUCUGAAGAAGCUUAAUUUAUCUUCAAACAAACUGUCAGGCCCCUUACCUUUCAAGGUGGGCCACUGUGCCAUAAUAGAUUUAAGUAACAACAUGCUAUCGGGUAACUUGUCGAGGAUUCAGUAUUGGGGUAAUUAUGUUGAGGUGAUUCAGCUUAGUUCAAAUUCAUUGACAGGAAUGCUUCCUAACCAAACUACACAAUUUUUGAGGUUGACUGAACUUAAGAUAUCUAAUAACUUGUUAGAGGGCAGUCUCCCUUUGGUCUUAGGAACAUACCCAGAACUCAAAGAGAUUGAUAUUAGCCACAACCUACUUUCUGGGGUCCUCCUUUCAAGUUUUUUCACCUCGACCAAAUUGACCGAUCUUAACCUCUCACACAACAACAUUUCUGGGCCAAUAUAUUUUCAACAAAUUCCAGACAACCCGCAGGUUUAUGCUGAAAAUUCUAGUCUAGUGUCCGUUGAUCUCUCAUACAACAACUUGAGCGGGCAUCUACCUGCAGAAAUAAGUAAGCUUCACAAUUUGGCAAGUCUCAACCUAUGUAACAACAAAUUUGAUGGUAUUAUUCCUGAUGAUCUUUCUGAUCAACUAAGAGAACUCAAUGUGUCCUUCAAUAAUUUUUCUGGCGCUGUGCCUGAUAAGUUAAUGAAGUUUCCUGAAUCAGCAUUUCACCCCGGAAAUUCCUUGCUGAUCUUUCCACAUUUGCCUGCUUCACCAGAAGAGGGUGGUGAACUAGGUCUGAAGGAAAAAAGACCACAUAUAAAAUCUGCAACCAAAAUUGCCUUGAUUGUGAGUUUGGUUUCUGGUGCUUUUGUUAUGGUGCUUCUGAGUGUGAUAAGUUUUUAUAGGGUUCACUGGCAAAACCAAACAGCUACUCAUGAAAAUAGAACCAAAGAUAUUUCUCAUCAUAGUUCUUCUCCAUCUGGCAGUGAAGCACCAAAAAGACACGUAGAAGCAAUAUCUUCAACCCAGAAGGGGUCUGAUGAUGUUAGAAAUGUUCAUGCUGCUGUAGAGAAGCCAAAAGAUUUGGACUUUUCUGAAUUAGUUAAGAACGAGGAAGGAAUAUCAUCUCCAAUGUCUUUUCUCUCAAUUUCCAAUCCUUCAUCUUCUAGAAGCCAUCCAUUUGAGAAUCCUAGUGCUCUCAAAAUAUGCUCACCAGAUGAAUUGUUUGGGGAUUUGAAUCUAUUUGAUGGAGCCUUGGAGCUCACUGCAGAAGAAUUUUCUAGUGCUACAGCAGAAAUUAUUGGUAGGAGCUGUCAUGGAACGCUGUAUAAAGCUACACUAAACUCAGGUCAUGUAUUGGUUGUCAAGUCAUUAAGGGAAGGAAUAGCCAAAAACAAGAAGGAUUUUGCAAGGGAAGUUAAAAAACUUGGGACCAUCAAGCAUCCAAGUCUGGUUUCUCUUCAGGGUUACUAUUUGGGUCCAAAGGAGAAUGACAAAUUCAUAAUAUCAAAUUAUGUCAGUGCACAAUCUUUGGACUUUUAUCUUCAUGAUAGAAGGAAUGUUCAUCCAAUGUCUCUUGAUGAAAGGUUCAGGGUGGCCAUAGCCGUGGCACAAUGUCUGCAUUACUUACAUAAUGAGAAAGCCAUACCUCAUGGCAAUCUCAAAUCCACAAACAUCCUCCUUGAAACUUCUAACCACAAUGUGCUGCUCACUGACUAUAGCCUGCAUCGGAUUCUAACCACUGCCGGUACUGCCGAGCAAGUUCAAAAUUCAGGCAUUCUUGGUUACCGGCCUCCCGAGUUUGCAUGCUCAAGCAAACCAUGCCCAUCCUUGAAGAGUGAUGUAUAUGCAUUUGGGGUGAUCUUGUUAGAGCUUCUAACAGGAAGAAAUUCUGGGGACAUUGUUACAGGGAUCCCUGGAGUUGUUGUCCUUGCAGACUGGGUUCAGUUUUUGGCGGAGCAAAAUCGUGGCAGUGAGUGCUUCGAGAGGCUGCUCUUGUUGGACAGGCACGGUGGUGGGGAAUGCCGGCCCCGACUUCUUGAUCAAAUGCUGAAGGUGGCUCUUAGAUGCAUCCUUCCAGCAUCAGAGAGGCCUGACAUGCAGACUGUUUUUGAGGAUCUUUCAACAUUAAGGUAGAGUUUUGGAAUUCUGAUUGAUCACUAACAUGAUUAUCCCCAGUGGUUUUGUUUUGUUGUUUGUGUUUUAGUUCGUUCAUUAAUUUUUAGUCCCUCUGUGACAACUCUCCCUAGGCAUUGUAGCAUGCCAGCCUAGGAAAAUAAAGUUCUUUUGAAGGUGAAUUCAUUCUUUAGAACACUUGAAGUGGAAGAUUGUAUAUUGUUAUUUAGUGUUAUUUUAUCCAGUGAAUAA